CCGGCGGCCGGUAGCGGCGGUGCCAUGCGCGGCUGGAGCGGCCGCUGCCGAGCCCCGCUCGGGCUGCGGGACAGCGAUGGGGGCUCCGCGGCUGCUGCUCCGGUUCCUGCUCCGGUUCCUGCUCCGGUUCCUGCUCCGGUUCCUGCUGCUCAUGCCCGGCCCCGACGGCAGCGCUGCAGGUGACAGCUCCUGGCAGCACCAUGCAGAACUGGGGCGCUCCUGGUACGUGACCCCGGGGGUCCUGCAGGGUGACCGGAUGCUCAGCCUGGAGGAGGUGACCCGGGAGGGGUUCCCUGCCCGGCUGCGGGUCCUGCUGGAGCUGGAGGGGACACGGCUGGUGCUGGAGCUGGAGCAGAACUGGGAGCUGGUGCUGGGCACCGGGGCGCUGCUCUACUACCUGCCCAACGGCACUCGGGUGAUGCAGGAAGCCAGCGAGCAGGAGCACUGCUGCUACCAUGGGAUGGUGCAGAGCAUCCCUGGUUCCUGGGCCAGCAUCUGUGCCUGCGCCGGACUCAGCGGCCACCUCCGACUGUCGGACACCAGGAGCUACAGCCUGGAGCCGGCAGCCGAUGGCCCCGUGGGUCUGCACCUGGUGCACCGGCUGCUGGAGCUCCGGCUGGCACCGCAGGCCUGUGGGCAGGACCCCCAGGAGACAACGGAGCCCCCCUGGCCACAGAGGGGCAAGCGAGCAGCAGCGGAGCAGCGGUUCGUGGAGCUGGUGAUGGUGGUGGAUCACACCGCGUUCCAGAAUUACCCCAACCUGCAGCGUGUCCGCACCCGGACCCUGGAGAUCGCCAACCAGGUGGAUGUGUUCUUCCAGCCGCUGGGGGUGCGGGUGGCCCUGCUGGCGGUGGAGGUCUGGAGCGAGGGUGACUUGGUCACGGUGGGCAGCAGUGCCCGCGCCGCGCUGGAGCGGUUCCUGCGCUGGCGGCACCAGGAGCUGCUGCCGCGGCUGCCCCAUGACAAUGCACAGCUGCUGACGGGUGCCCGCUUUGAGGACGUCGCGGUGGGGAUGUCGGCUCAGGCCUCCAUGUGCUCCCCAGCGCGCUCUGGAGGCGUCAGCAUGGACCACUCCAUCAGCGUCCUCGUCGUCGCCUCCACCGUUGCCCAUCAGCUGGGGCACAACCUGGGCCUGCGCCACGAUGGCACCGGGCGCUCCUGCACCUGCAGUGACCUCCGGCAGGACCGCGGCUGCAUCAUGGCCAUGCCCACGGGGCUGACCCCCGGCUUGAGCUUCAGUAACUGCAGCCGGCAGGAGCUGCAGCGGAGCCUGCGGCAGGGCCGGGGCUGGUGCCUCUCCAAUGUGCCGGAGCCGCGGCGCCUCGCCGGGAGCCCCCGCUGCGGCAACCGCUUCCUGGAGCCGGGCGAGGGCUGCGACUGCGGCCUCAGUGUGGAGUGCACUGAUCCCUGCUGCAACAGCAGCACGUGCCAGCUGAUGCCCGGCGCCGAGUGUGCCACGGGGGACAGCUGCUGCCAGGACUGCCGGCUGCGCCAUGCCGGGCACCAGUGCCGGGAGCCGCUGGGCGAGUGUGACCUGCCUGAGUUCUGCGAUGGGGCCUCACCGCACUGCCCACCCGAUGCCUUCCUGCAGGACGGGCAGCCCUGUGCCGCGGCUCGUGGGCUCUGCUUCGGUGGUGCCUGUGCCACCUAUGAGGGGCAGUGCCAGCAGCUGCUGGGGACGGGUGCCAGCCCCGUCUCCAGCUCCUGUAUGGCCUCACUGAACAUGAGAGGGGAUGAACGUGGGCACUGUGGGCAGCUCCCGAACGGCUCCUACGUUGCCUGUGCCCAGCGGGAUGCUGGCUGUGGGAUGCUGCAGUGCCAGCGCGGCAGCACCCGCCGGCACAGACCAGAAGGGUCCUGCCAGGGGACGCUGGUGCCCGGGGGUGAGGAUGUGAGUGAUGCAGCCAUGGUGCUGCCCGGCACUGCCUGUGGCCCUGGCCAGAUGUGCCUCCAGCGCCGGUGCCAGGACGUGUCCACGCUCAGUGACCGGCAAUGCCAGAGCAAGUGCCACGGGCACGGGGUAUGCAACAACCUCGGGCACUGCCACUGCGAGCGGGGCUGGGCCCCCCCAACCUGCGAGAGCCCCGGUGCAGGGGGCAGCCAGGACAGCGGCCCCGCAGCCAUGGAGCGAGGGGGGAGCGCGGUGCCCACGGCGCUGGUGCUGAGCCUGCUGCUGGUGCUGGCCCUGGCACUGGGGCUGUGCUGUGCGCGCCGGGCUGGGCUGCACAAGCGUCUCUGCCAGCUGGGCAAAGGCACCUCCUGCCAGUACAGUGCUGAGACCCGGGUGCGAUUCCUGGGUCCAGGAGCCGCAGACGGCUGGAACCGGAUCGCUCAGCCGGAGCCCCAGUCGGGCCGCCAGGGUCCCCCCGAGCGUCCCCGGCCCCCACAGUGGCACCAGGCCACAGAGCUGCAGGUCAUGCACAGCAGCAAGCCGGCUGCCCUCGGUGCGGCGCGGCCCGAGCCGCCCUCCCGGCCUCUGCCGCCGGACCCUCUGCCCAAGGCCCCCCCCUCGGACAGGCCACCCCCCCCCACACGCCCUCUGCCCGCAGACCCCGUGGUGCCAGGCACGCAGCCCCCAGGUCUGACCAAGCCCCCCCCACCUCGGCGGCCGCUGCCUUCAGACCCCACAGGACCAUCACUGCCCCACAGCGAGACACUCCCCAGUCACCCCUAUGUCACAGUGAUCCCCUCCAGGCCAGCUCCCCCACCGCCCGCGGGUGCCCAGCAGGAUGUGUGAGCCCACCCGUGCCCCAUGGACGCCAAUAAAGGGGCCGUUUGCUGCCUG